UGAGGCGGGGAGGGGGCGAACUCCGCUGCUGCUGCUGGAGCCCUCGCCCGCCGCCGCGCGGGGACUGGGAGGUGGUAGCCUGCUCCGCGGCGACCUGCCGCCUCCUCCCGGUGGCGUAGCCUUCCCCCCCCCCCCCCCCCCCCCCCCGCUCCUUUAGCCCGUCCCGGCUGGGCCCGCUGCGGGGUUGGCAGGGCUCGGGCUGGCAGAGGCGGUGGCGUCUUGCGGGGCGGUGUGAGGGCCCCGGCGUGCGGCGCCCGCUCCCCUCCGGUGGAGGGCGUGAGGCGAGGCGGGCGCGAAGGCGCAGCCCGGGCCUGGGUGUCGUGCCCGAAGAGCCGCCGCCCUCCCGUGCCCGCGGCUGUCCGGUACACCGAAACGAAAGCGCUUUAGAGGCUUCUGUGCUGGGCAAGGCUUUCCCUGAAGCCGUUAGCUCUCUGGAGCUGGCCGCUAGUAAGUUGCCUUCCACCGAGCUUAGCCCGUCACAGGCCGCUGGAAGCGGAGUGAAGUUUAUGGAAAUGAAACAAAUUUUCCCUGGAAGAAACGUGAACAAAGAAAUGCUAAACAUGUGUCAUUUUUUCCUGUUGUCCUCCAGAAGAAUUAUUGUUGUUUAUCUAAUAAAAAUGUUUACAGAGGAAGCGUUUGCGAUGAAUUGGAAAGAAAUUUAAACUAAAUAAAAAGUGGUUCCACUUUCUAGAAACUCCAUGUCACCUUGUGCUGUGUUCUCCAGUGUAGCUCCCUCCUUCCUGUCUUAUAAGCUUGCACAGAAUUUCCAAAACUUGUAUGGUUUUGAAUUUGACCAAAAGACUAGAAGUUGGAAUAAUCUUCACUUUUUUUAAUAAGAAGUAAUAAUGCACCGAAGGCAGGGGAGAGUCAAUGCUGGACUCCUUUUGCUGCUUUAUCAAAUUUCUCAAGUUGGACUCCAGAACAUUCCUUCUGUAACCCUGGGGGUACUUGCACUGAAUAUUUUUCUGUUUCUGAAUCCUGUGAGCCCACUGCAUGAAGUGUGUAUCAGUGUACAUGAAGGCUUCUACAGAAAGAACUGGCAGCGUUUACUGCUUUCUCCUGUCCACCAUGCAGAUGACUGGCAUUUAUAUUAUAACAUGAUUUCCAUGCUUUGGAAGGGGAUAAUGCUGGAAAAAAAGCUUAAGAGCAUAUGGUUUGCAUACAUAAUUGCAGUAUUUUCAGUGCUGAUUGGAGUUGUUUAUAUGGUGCUGGAAUUCAUGCUUGUGAAAAUUCUGGAUGAUCCUUUGUAUGAAAGGAAUUGUGCUGUAGGUUUUUCAGGAGUCUUGUUCGCUUUGAAAGUUCUUAACAACCAUUACAAUCCAGGAAGAGUCAGCAACAUCCUUGGAUUUCAGAUACCCAGUAAAUAUGCUUGUUGGGUGGAGCUGGUAGCUAUUCAUUUAAUCUCCCCAGGGACUUCUUUUGCUGGGCAUCUGGCAGGCAUUCUUGUUGGAUUGAUGUACACUAUGGGACCUCUGAAAAAGAUCAUGAAAGCCUGUGCAGGUGGCAUUUCUUCAUUCGCUGACCCUGCCAGGCCAAGGGACUACAAUUCAGAGUAUUAUGGCUAUCCAGGUUAUCCAUACAGAACACCAAGGAGCUAUUAUGAUUAUACAGGUGGGCUUACUGAAGAAGAACAGCUUGAAAGGGCAGUGCUAAACAGUCUUAAUGAAAGAGAUUUUGGUGGAGCAACAUAUAAUAGUGAGCGGCGACCCUAUGGCUUUUGGUUUCCACCUGAGCAGCAUUCAGAAGAGGAAAGAAGGCGACAAAGGCUUCGUUGGUUUGAGACACGAUGAAAUUGGCAGGCGUUGAUGAUGUAAAGUGCUAUUCAGAGUUACCAAAGUAUUUGCAGAUUUAUUUGUAAUACGCAGAUCUGUUUGUAGUAUUUUUCCAACUUUUUUACUACUAGUUGCCAAACUGCAGAGGAUUGUGUGAGUUCAGGCUCAAAAUUGGAACUUGCAUAAAAAGGGUGAGAUAGGAAUCAAAAUGUGAUCUUUGGCAGUCUCCAUCUUGAUGCACCUUAAAUAUGGAAGCUGACUGAUGGUUUUACCAAACUGUCUUUUUUCUUAAGUAAGUUCUUCUGUGUAGCUUCAAGAAUUCCUUGGCUUUUUGACUGCUGGUAUUCUCAGACAACAGGUUUUCUUCAUCCAUUGCAGAUGAAAAAAACAUUACAAACAUUUUACAUUUUAAACAAAUGUAAAACUAUGCAAUUUAUCCUUACAAACUUGUCUGUCUCUAUCAAUGAUGACCAACUGGUUUUGGGAUUGGCAUGUGAAGUGUCACUUGAAAAGAUUGUUUGAUGACAACAGCUAGCUAGAUCAUAUGAGUCUAGGCUUAAGCUUUUCAGUAGUCUUGCAAACUGUAUGAAAAAUAGUUGCAGCUAUCCUUACCCUAAGGAGUUAUUUAAUACCAUCUUUCAUGUUGCAGUCAUCCUUAAAACAUGCCAUUUUACCGAGAGCUUGUAUGUGAUAAAAAUUAAUUGUAACUACUUAUUUCCUAAAGCCUUUCUUAAUAUUUGUUUUAAAUAAAAUGCUUCCCUGUAGAGUUGAAAUAAUUUGUUAGGAGCUUUAUGGAAAGGGGGUGGAUAUGCCAUUAGAGAGAAUACAUUUAUUUAGUAACUUACACUUUUUUGAAGCAUCUGCUUCCCUUUUGAAGAAGGCUUAGAAAUUGUAUCAUGUUUAUGCUGUUCAUGCAGCUUUAGAAAUUCUAUUGUUUCUUUAGGUAUCCCAUUUGACAUCCAGUAGCAGCAGUAAGAGUUUAUAGAUUUGUGGAUAUCUUGUCUAAAUAUAGGCUACCUUGAAUUCGUUUUCUAGAAAGAAUGUCUCCACCCAACUCUAGAGGAGUUGAUAGGAGACCAGAGAGCUCAGGUGUCACUUUGGACAGACCCUCCACUCGCUGCUUGUGGCAUACCUGCCUACUCAGUAAUGUUAACUAAUGAACCUGAAGGGGUUUUGUUCUGGUACUGCUCAAAAAUUACUCACUGCCCAGGCUUUUUUUUUCCUCAAAAUAGCAGAAAUUCUUCUGAAAUUGGGGACACUCCUCUAACUCUUUUCAGUCCUGAAGAGAUGUGAUUGUACAAUAAUAAUUUGAUUAUUGGCCUUUGGCACAGAACUUGGAAUCUCUUCAGCAUUAAUUUACUAGAGCAUUAAGAUGAGCAAUUUAAUGGUUUCUUUUCAUGUACAUGUGAUCACCAGUCUGUGCUUUAUGAAGUCUAUUUCUCUAUGGAGUUGUAGUUUGAAUGUAAAACAAGCUCUAUUUUUCAUAUAGAAAAAAAAAUCCUGAAACUCAUUAUUUUUACUAUGCUCUUUAAAUAAAGAGUACACCACCUGGUUGUAACUAAGCUUUUGUUCGCUGAAAAAUGCGCAAGCUGUUCUUUCUUCCUGUCCUAUUCUUGCUUUCACCAUCCUUCUUGUACCUCAUGUUGAUUUUCAUGCCAAGCAGCAGCACAAUAUUGUUACUCCAGAAAGCGGCUCGAGGUCCUGAAAGCCGAGACAGGAUUGCAGUGUGACUUUGGAUGUACUUGCUCAGGUAGUGUAAGAACACUGUUAAUAUUCUGCAAAGUGUUUUCUGGCAGAUUCCAAGACACUUAAUACCUAAGGAAUGGUGAUUUUUGUUGUGUUCUUGGUCUUGGUUGUUUUUCUAUAUAUGCAGUAGCCAUAGAAUAAAAUAGCAGAUACUCCUAUGCUCACUGAAAACAGGUGUCAGAAACUUGUGCACAGUUUGUAUAUUUCUCUCAGUGGGCAAUAAUUAUAUGUAAAUGAGGAGGAAGUAUUCUGAGGAACCAAUGCUAAUCUUUCAAUGCUCUGGUCAAAAGUUUCAGUGUAAGUUACUGUGUCUGUUAAGCUCUGUUAUUUUAAUUAUUUAAAACCACUGGAUUAGCCACUAGUCAGUUGAAAAAAAUACUUCAACAUGACUACAGUUUUAAAAGCACUUGUUUUUGUAAAGUGAGGUUAGAAAUACUUGCCAUUAAAUAUUCACCAAAAUUGUCAGUACUAAUAGUUGUUCAGCUGUUUUGACUUUUUUUAUAGAAAAUUGAAAUAAAUAUUUUUUUACAUUUAAAACUGUCUCUCUUUCAUUAUAGUAAUUAAUAAGGUGUAUAUUUUAAAUUACAGAGCUGCCACUAUACUGUUAGAAAUGAAGACUUGUGAUAUUGAGGGGAGAGAUUGAUUAUGUUGGGACUCAUUUUGUUUCUUUUUGAACUGAGUGGAAGUUUUGGGAUUGGAAUAUUGGCAAGUUCUGGUACUUAAAAGUAUUUUGGGAAGUUUAUUAACAGAAUGAUUACUUAGUAGGAUUUUUACCAUUAAAAAAACCCAGUCAGUUUAGGCUUCAGAGCAGUGCUGGUGGUAGAUGUAAGCUGCAGAUGAAUUCCUAACGUAUGCUCAGUUGCAUUUCAUCCCUUCAGGGACAAAAAAACUAAGGGCAGUCUAGAGAUGAGUAUUCUAUGUUGCGGAUUUUCUGACACUGUUUAGUACCUGACUAACUCUAUGUAAAGUAAUGACUCUUUAAGAAAAAGAAGUUUUGUAUAAAAUAUUUUAGCAUCUGAAGUUUGAUUCCUUUGUUGUGGGAGCUGAUUUCUUGGAAUUUUUUUGUACUUCCUCUAAACUCUGUGCUCAGGUACCAUGUAAGAAAUUCCACCCCCUUAAUUAAUCCUAAUCAGCAGACCUGUUAACAGAUGCAUUCUUGAAAUUUAAUGGCUGAAUGACCUAAUAUAUUAGUAUUAAUAAAUAGGGGUUUCUUGCAGUCCAGAAUUAAGAUGUGGUGAAAGAACAGCGUGCUUAAGUCUUUCAAAUUCUUUUCCCCCUUCUCUUUUGCCCUUAAGCACAGGCAUUAUACACUCUUGUGUACGUAUGCUUCUUUCCUGGCAGUACCGCUUCCCAAAAGGGGGGAAAUGCCCUUUAAAAUACUGAGAAAACAGUGUUCAUAUGUGUUCCGCACCACAGCAGGACAGAUUGUGCUAGAUGAGUGUAGGUGGAAAUGGCAUUCUCACUGCUGGCUCUAAACGAGAUCAGAUUCUGUCCUGCUCCUCUUAAAGCACCCUGCCCUGGUGCUAGGGGAAGUGGUCAGGGUGCUGCUGCACCAGCCUCCUUGGAGUCCUUCUGCCUGAAGCUUUAUUUUCCAUGGCUACCUUUCAAACAAGUUGUUUUGCUUGCUGCUUUGGUGAAAAUCAAAAUCAGAAUUUCCACGGUCUAUUUUUAAAGAAGUUACUAAUGCCACCUUGUUUGUUUUCAGAUAUCUCUUAAGAAUCACUCCAACAAUUCCAUUGGGAUAAGGGUGCAGUAGGAGACAGUGAGGGACUGGCCACUUCAGAGAAGUUUUGCCUUUGGUUUUUUUGGUUCUGUUUUAUUUGAAAGGGAGAAUUUAACUCUUAUAAAUAGAUACAAUUUGUUCAUACCACGUAUAUGCAGAUAAGGGAAAAAGACCCUAAAUAUUGGUUCAUUAAAUGAGUGACGUAUAUAGUAGUCCAUGGAAUGAUGAUGUGUCUGGGGAGAGAAGGAAAUUCUUUAUUAAAACUGUUUUGAGCUGAAGUCCCAGUUUUGAUAGCUCUUAUGCUAAGAAAGGAGAAAAGAGGAAAGUCAUACCUGAUCAGGGUAAAUGCUUUGUAUCCACACUCUUUAUGGCAAAUGUCUUAGUCUUUAUAUAUAUAUAAAAAGGAGCUUAAAUUGCACAUGAUAAAGCAAAGCAGCUGUGAGUGGUGUUAGUCCAAGGUACUUAUCCUGGCCAAAUGAAGGCAAAAUGACUUGCCUUUUCUCCUGUGUAAUAAUUACAUCAUUGGAAAUGCCUGCAGGACAAAAGUAACUUUCUUUUGUUAGCUAUUGCUCUCUUUAAUUAUGACACCCAUAUAUGCUAAGUGUAUAUACUGUUAAGUACAAGAAUAAAGAACUGUUGAACUCUUAAA